UCGAACUCGGUAUUAUCGGCGCACCUCUAUUAUCGACGUAUUCCGAAAAUACGGUAAUUUACAUAAAUAGCACCGCCUACCACCAUCCCACGUGAGUAAACAAUAACAAGGAAGUUCACGCUCCAUCAAAUCGCUAAAUUUUCGUAGAAAAUGUCACAAAUUCAGGUUUCUCAUACAGUGACUGCUAAGAGGCGUCUUUCUUUUAGUACACCACACCCAGUGAAACUGAGGCGCCAGUAUGACCCAGCAAAUCUUCAACGUGCCUAUGAUGCAACCAAUAAGGGUAUGUCUGCCUAUCGUGCUUCUAGGCUGUAUGGGGUGCCAGAAUCUACCAUCAAGGAUAGACGAUCAGGAAGGGUUGAGACUGGGGCAAAUCCAGGUCCGUUGAAGUUAUUUUCAUCCGAAGAGGAGCAGAGGUUGGCAGACCAUAUAAAGCACAUGGCCAGCAUUGGGUAUGGCUAUACUAAGGCCAACGUACAAUAUCUUGCUGCUGAUUUUGCAGUGGCUUGUGGCAAGAAAAUGAACAGUGACAAACCACUUAGUGACAGUUGGUUUUAUGGUUUCCUAACGAGAUGGGAAAAUCUGAAAGUUGCAAAACCUCAAAAGCUCUCUUUACUUCGAGCUAAAUGUGCCUCCAAGGAUGUCCUUGAUCAAUAUUUCAAGGAACUUUGCACCAUUAUUUCUGAUAAUGGACUCGAAGGGAAUCCCGAGCGCAUUUAUAACAUUGAUGAGACUGGCAUUAAUACAGAGCAUGCUCCACCACUUAUAGUAUGUGAUGCAACCUCUCAGCCACAAGCAGUUACUUCCCCAAGAUCAUCAACUGUGACAAUUAUUGGUGGUGGAAAUGCUGUUGGGAACCAGAUCCCACCCUAUUACAUUUUUCCAGGGAAACGGUGGAAUAGUGAAUUUUUAAAUGGAGCUCCCACUGGUGCAGAUGGUGAAAUGUCUGAUAGUGGUUGGUCUAAUUCUCUAAUUUUCCAAAAUUAUCUUACAAAGCACUUUAUAAAGUAUGCAAAUGUCUCAUCUGAUACUCCAACUCUGGUUCUUUUUGAUGGACACAAAUCACAUGUACAACUCUCUCUUGUUGACUGGGCAAGAGAAAAAAACAUAAUUCUGUUUGUGCUUCCACCUCACACAAGUCACAUAACACAGCCUUUAGAUGUUGGGGUAUUCGGACCUUUGAAGUCUAUGUACUAUAGGGAAUGUCAACUGUAUUUACAGAAACAUCCAGGUCAAAAGAUCACCAAGUAUGAGGUGUCUAAAUUAACUUCAAAGCCAUACUUGAAAGCUCUGUGUCCUGAAAACCUCAUUUCGUCUUUCCGGAAGACUGGAAUAUAUCCAUUCUCAGAUUGUACCAUCAAAGAGUCCCAGAUAGCACCCUCUUCAAUUUAUCCAAGUGUUCCUGAUGUGUCUUCGGUUGAUCCUCAAUCUCAAUGUCUUCAGUGUUCUCCAAGACAAACCAAUGUGCCAAUAAAUGCCCAAGAAACUGACAAAGAAAACAUUCCAGAAGGUGUACUUAGUCCUAGAAGUAUUUUCUUCAAGUCCAAGACCAUCACUGGCAUCUCUGAUCCCAGUAGGAAACCUAGAAAGAAGUUUGUACCACCAUUUCUAGCUGGUAGUUUGUCAAAGCCCAACAACAUCACAGUGCUUCAAGCUAAAAAGCCCAAAGCAAAUCAAGCAACAAUCACAGAUAAUUCCUCUCAAUCUGUAAGAUCUGUAAGUAAAUCCUCUACUACAAAAGCAGUUCCACCAUCUUCUUCAAAACAACUUCCUCGUCCAGGUCCUUCUGCUUAUUAUGUCAGCAGUUCAGAGGCUGAAACUGAGUCUGGAUCUGAGGAUGAAUCUUCAAAUUGCUGUGUGUGCCAUAAAUUUUCACCUCCAGCUCUUAAGCAGUGUACAAGUUUAGUUAUUGUGAAGUGGGCUCAAUGCGAUAAGUGUCAUCACUGGACACAUUUGUCCUUCUGCACUGAGGUCAGGGUUGUGCGGCGUCAUAGUGAAUUUCUAUGUCCCCACUGCCAAUAAAUACAUUUAAAACUGUAAAAAAAACCUGUUUAAAGACUGUUGAACUGUUUCCUGUUCCAUGUUGACUUUAUAAAUAUCCAGUUAAUUGUUUUGAAAUAACACUUUGACAUUGUUUGGUGACAUUUUAUUUUGAAAACCAUGAACUUGUUGAAUCAUACUCUUGACUUGAAACUUUAUAAAUCAACCAUAAUAUGUGUGUAAAGUACAGAAAGAUAAUUAUUUGACGGUGGAUAGCCAAACUAUAAGGUAAGACAAGUUUUCAGUCAUUUUUUUUACAACAACGGCUUGCCAUAGUUGAUCAAUGCUGAAUACGUCGAUAAUAGAGUGUUCUCCCUUUAGGAAGUUGUGUAUGCGGUCAUGCGUAUUGAAGCUAAACAUCUUUGACCCAGUUAAGCAUAAACUGAAUUUCUCACGGUAAAUUUGUAGAAAAGGUGUUUGCUUUUUCACGCAAAAUAUAAAUUAUUUAAUCUGGCACUGAAAAAUAACGCGUACAUAGUGGAAACUUUAAGUACGCCGAUAAUACGGCGUUCCAGGCUAC